GGAAAGGUUACGAGUCCCAGGGUGCAUAUCGGGCGCUCAACCGGCUUUUCUUCCUCUUUUUUGUCAGCCUCCAGCCGAAGCUACUUUUGGAUUGUCCAAAAAUAAGACCCUCAUUUCAACAAAAUGGGGUUCGUCAAAGUCAUCAAAAAUAAAGCUUACUUCAAGAGAUUUCAAGUAAAGUAUAAAAGACGGCGUGAGGGAAAGACCGAUUACUUUGCUCGUAAACGUCUUAUUACCCAAGAUAAAAAUAAAUACAACACGCCUAAAUAUCGCCUUGUUGUGCGAUUAACAAACAAGGACAUCACUUGUCAGGUAGCGUAUGCCAAGAUUGAGGGAGAUGUGAUAAUGGCAGCAGCCUACUCACAUGAACUUCCCAACUAUGGCAUCAAGGUCGGGUUGACAAACUAUGCUGCAGCUUACUGUACUGGUCUCCUACUCGCACGUCGUUUGCUCACAAAGCUCAACUUGCACAAGAUCUAUGCAGGGAAUGAAGAGGUGAAUGGUGAUGAAUACAAUGUGGAGAGUAUUGACGGCUCACCAGGGGCAUUUAGGUGUUUCCUGGACAUUGGUUUGGCACGUACCACCACUGGUGCCAAAAUCUUUGGUGUCUUGAAAGGAGCUGUUGAUGGAGGACUGGAUAUCCCCCAUAGCAUGAAGCGUUUCCCUGGUUAUGACUCUGAAUCCAAGGAGUUCAAUGCCGAGGUUCAUCGCAAGCACAUAUUUGGUCAACAUGUUGCUAACUAUAUGCGCCAGCUCUCUGAAGAAGAUGAUGAUUCCUACAAGCGUCAGUUCUCUAAGUUCAUCAAGCUUGGAAUUACAGCUGACAGUGUUGAAGGCAUGUACAAGAAUGCUCAUGCUGCCAUCAGGGCAAACCCUGUUGCCAAAGAGAAAGUAAAGAAGGAUAUCACCCCCACAAGGUUCAACCGUAAGAAGCUCUCCAAACAGCAACGUGAUGCUCGUGUCRCACAGAAACAAGCAGCAUUCUUGCGAGCUAAGAAUGCAAGUGCGGAUGAAUAAUGGAGAAAUAAAUUCCAAUUGCAACAAAGUUGCAAAUGAAUCCAA